GGUAUCUUUGUGACUUCAAUAUACGUUGUAUGUGAUGUUUCGCAUUCAAGGCUUGUGUAUUAUACUUUACGCCUGAGAGAAGGUGAAUUUGGAUCAUUGAAUUCCCCGUUAAAAGUGACCGCAUCGCAUCGUCCUUCAAUUGCCCGGGAAUCCCUAGAUCGAGUCGGUUUUCGGAGAGGCGCACAUCAUGGCGGGGGUGGAUUUUUCACAAAUUUAUUCUGCUACGUAUAGCAGCGUUCCGGUCUACGAGUUCAAACUCGAUGGCGACAGCGUUAUGCGAAGGCGGGCUGAUGAUUGGAUCAAUGCUACACAUAUCCUUAAAUUAGCUGGGUUUGACAAGCCAGCGCGAACACGUAUACUCGAACGUGAGGUGCAGAAAGGGGUCCACGAAAAAGUACAGGGCGGUUAUGGUAAAUAUCAAGGGACAUGGAUUCCACUUCCUGAAGGCCGGAUGCUCGCUGAGCGCAACAAUAUCAUUGAUAAGCUUAGACCAAUUUUCGAUUACGUGGCUGGGGAUCGUAGUCCGCCACCUGCUCCAAAACAUACAUCAGCCGCGUCGAAACCGAGAGCUCAGAAAAAUGCGGCCUCUAAUCGGAGGGUUGUACAUGAGGAGGUUUUCAGUGCAGUUAAGCCGCAUCGCAGCAUGGGGCCACCCAGUUUCACUCAUGAGCAAUAUGAAAUGAACCCUGGAUUCGACGAAGACGAAUCGAUUGAACAAGCAACUCUCGAAUCUUCCUCCAUGGUCGCAGAUGAGGAGAUGAUGCAUAUCACCCAGAAUGGCAACUUUUCGCGAAAGCGCAAACGUGGCAUGAAUGAGGUAACUGCGAUGUCAAUAAGCGAACAGGAACAUAUACUCUAUGGCGACCAGCUCUUGGACUACUUCAUGACAGUUGGAGAUGCUCCAGAAGCAACGCGAAUUCCUCCACCGGAACCGCCGGCCAACUUUCAGGUGGACCGUCCAAUAGAUGAUUCAGGGAACACUGCUCUCCAUUGGGCCUGUGCGAUGGGUGAUCUGGAGAUAGUAAAAGAUUUGCUGCGGAGGGGAGCAGAUGUGAAGACACUCUCAGUACAUGAAGAAACGCCGCUUGUGCGUGCUGUUCUAUUUACGAACAAUUAUGAAAAGAGGACAUUUCCGCCGCUCCUGGAUUUACUCCUGGACACAGUGUCGUUCCGAGACUGGUUCGGCGCCACCAUAUUCCAUCACAUAGCAGAAACCACCCGAAGCAAAGGGAAGUGGAAGAGCUCUCGGUACUAUUGUGAAGUGCUGCUUGACAAACUACGUGCUACUUGUACGCCAGAUGAAAUCGAUGUUUUGUUAUCCUUCCAAGACUCCAAUGGAGACACGGCAGCUUUGGUUGCUGCUCGAAAUGGUGCAUUUCGCUUGGUUCAUCUGCUCCUCACACACUGCUCGCGGGCUGGAGACUUAGUAAACAAGAAGGGCGAAACAGCUGCCAGGAUCACUCAGCGAGCGAAUCAGUCUGACCGACAUAUCCCGCCGCCGCCUUCCUCUAUCACGAUCGGUAAUGACCACAUCGAUGGGGAAGUUGCUGGCCCGAUUAACGCCGAUCACCAAUCUGUUGCGCCACCGCAAGAAUCCUCCCCCUCCACUUCUGCACUCCUUACUAAGAUUGGAGUAAUCAUGGCCGAAGCGAACAAGAAACUCGCAGUUGGGUACGGGAGCUCAAAGGCCAAUCAACCGGAUCCAGACGACGUUGCCAAUCCAGAGGCUCUGUACGAACAGCUAGAGUUGGAUCGGCAAAAGAUUCAACAACAAACAGCCGACUUGGCGGCGAAGGAGGCCAAAGAAGAGCACGUCGAUGCGCAGUUCGAACGUUACGAACAGCUGAGGAGUCGCUACGAAUCGCUACUGGAACAGAUUCAACAAGCCCGCUUACGGGAGCGGAUCGCAUCGUCAACAUUACCCACUAACGAGGACCCGAACCCGCCCUCGACUGACCAGAACCAGUUGCUUACCGUCUAUCAGCUAGCCCGACGACUGUGUUCGGCGCAAAAAGCACGGCGUGCCGCCAUCAAAGAUCUCGCCCAACAAACGGCAGAUGCGGGUGUUAGCACCAAGUUUGACGUUCAUCGGAAGCUCGUGUCACUCGCUACAGGGCUGAAAGAAGAGGAACUAGACCCCAUGGCUGCUGAACUGGUAGAGACCUUGGAGUUUGACCGAAUGAACGGAAAAGGUGCAGGGGGCGAGUCCCCCGAGCCAGAGCCCCAGGGGUCAGCGACUUUUCCUCUCCCUGGACCUCCUGUGUCUGUUGAUGCUUAGAACGUACAGAAUGAUUUCUGGUUCUCAGCAUUCAUCCCGAUUUGGUUGUGAGCGUAUCAAUUUCUGCUUUGAUAGAUCUACCAAGGGCUGGAUAUGAUGUUUCACGCACUUUUUAACCUUGCAGAGAAUUACGUUUCUCCAAGGUCUCUG